UUUCAAUUGUUAGUAAGUUGAAACCAUUGUUUUUAGGUGUGACUGUGGAGCCUAGCGCAAAUGUAGGCAAGAUUAUGUAAGCUUCUGGGGAUUAAUAUGUUAUGUCAUUUUAUCAAAGGUUUAUGAUAUAAUAGAUAUCAGGGAGACACUGAAGUUUCCAAAUCAGGCCUUAACAGCUACAGUUUAAAUACUAGAAAUGUUUAUACUGUAACAUGCUGGUUAAGCCUUUGCACGCGAGCUUUUAAACUAUGCAUGCAUGAAGACAAUGGUGAGAGUCCUCUACCUAACAACACAAGAGGAAGAAAACUAUCCAAAACAGCUGUAGCAGAUGACAAUGGGAACUUCAUUGAAAAGGGCACAAGAAGAAGGCAAGUCCUAAAAAAACCAGAAACUUCAACAUCCAAGAGUAAGGCUCCCUCAAAGAAAACAGACUCCAGAGAAAAUGGAAACAUGGUGGAGGGCUUGGGAAAUGGCGAAAAUGGACAGACCAAUGGGAAUGCUUCACUGAAUGAUCUUGAUGACAGACAUGUGAGCAAAGAAGAGGAAAAUAAAAAGCACAAGAAAUCCAGAAAUCAUACUGCAGCAAUGGACAAUGAAGUGGAAAUUGCAAUAAAAAUGAAGUCUGAAAAUUCUCAUAUACCAAAUGGGAAUGCUGCUAAAGAGGAAGUAGCAGAGGGGGAUAUCUCGGAUGGAGCUAGCUAUGAUCCUGGUAGUGAGGAGGAGGAUAGCAAUACUGAGAUGGAAGACAUCCUUAAUGAGUCUUCAAAUACCAGCACAACAUUAAGGAUUGAAGACAGUGAUGUAAAUGAAGACCCUUUCCGAGAGGGAUCUCACUUUGAGGUGGAAAAUGGCAUGUUUAAAUGUGAAUUUUGUGGUGUAUUGAAGACAGAUGUAACCGAAUUAAAGACACAUUUAAGGGGACACACUGGGGAACGCCCUUUUCUAUGUUUGGUGUGCAACAGAGCUUUCAAUGCUAAAAGGACACUGCUUUAUCACCAGUUUUCAGUGCAUGGAAUAGAACAUAAAAGUGUUGCUGCCAGAUACCCUGACAUACGCAAGAGAAAGUUUGAAGCUGGAGAACUAGUGGAUGAGUCUGUCAUUCAGGAGGUGGACAAGAAACGAAGGAAGUUUGAGAAUGAGCAUGGUGUUGAUCUUGUGACUGAUCCCCUCGAUAACAGCCUGCCAUUCCUUGUGAAUGGUGUAGUGGUAGAGAACAGUAAAAAGCGGGUCUGUGAAAUUUGCAAAAAAGUGUGCAUGAAACCCAGUGAUUUAAAGAGACACAUGAUGUCGCAUACAGGUGAAAGACCAUUUAAAUGUGAGGUGUGUGGUAAACCAUUUAGAGCUAAGAACAGCAUGAUGUAUCACCUAAAAUCAGCUCAUGGCUAUAUGGUUGAGUUAAGUCCUGGACUUGAAGAGCGCUAUCUAAAAUUGAAAAAGCAGUCAAAGGUACCAACAGACAAAGGAAGAUCUAAUAAUGCUGGUCCCUACCAAAAUAAUCAGACAACAGUCUCACCAAAUCUGUCCCCAGAAGGAAACCCAGACCAAGCUGUGUUCCCUACAGCUUCUACAAAUCACCCAGUGGCAUAUAUGCCACUUUUCAAACCUCUACAAAUGCAUGGAAAUGGAGAGACUCAGACUUUCUACAAUUGUAGCAGUAACUCUUUCAAAGACCAGCCUGAUGAAUCAUCAGGACAUUUCAAGCAGAAGGAUAUGGAAUUUGAAUCUGUCAAUCCCAAAAUAUUUGCUCCCAGACUAUCACUGAAUGUUCCUAAAUUAGUAAAACCAGGUGGAAAUCCAGUAGGAAAAGAAAUCCAUCAAAUAUUCAGCUCAGGAUCCUGUGAUAUCAAGGUGGACAGUGAGACUGUCCUAGUGACACGACUGGAUGGAACUCUAUCCACUUCUGGUCAGAAGGUGUGCGCCUAUAAAUGUCAUCUCUGUGGAAAACUGUUCAAUUACCUCAGCAAAGUACAGUUCCAUCUCUCUUUUCAUUUUGAGAGGGAAAUUAAAACAUAUCAUUGUAAACAUUGUUCUGCCUCAUUUCCAUUCCAGUUCCAGAUGCACAGACAUCUACGUAAAUGCCAUUCCAGAGUAAUCAGUAAAGAUUUAUCUACCUCAGCUACUGAUCCUUCCUCCACUUGUACAAACAGCACUGAUUUAACUUCAGCAACUUCAUUAGCAGAACAUUUUAGUGUGUUGAGAUUCAAAAGAAACGAUAACGAAUCAUAUGCUUGCAUGAUCUGCAAGAAGUCUUUUUGCAAGGAAUCGUCACUACUGAAACAUAUCAAGAUGCACAGCAACCAUGAUUUUUGUUACUGCCGAGACUGUGGACAUGGGUUUUCUGAUUACGAGUUUCUAAAGGAACACUUUGAACGGGAGCACAAGGGAAGAGAUGAGAGUCAUCAUCAUGUUAAAACAGAGGAGUCUUGUAAUACACUGCUAUCUCAUCUACUAAAAAAGACAUCUGGAUGUGGAAAAGGUGAAAGUCAGACUGAAGUAGUCAUUGAUAUAGAGAGUCAAGAUGUGGAAGAAAGGAAAGCAAAAGAAAUGUUGGAGAGGGCAGGAAUUGGAGAUGAAGUAACAGUGGUUUUACCAUGUGAUCCAGAGGAUGAGGGAAAGGUCAAAGAAAAGAAAUCUGAUUUGAAAGAUUGGCAAGAGGAAGAAGAGGAAAAAUCUGAUUUUGUAAGCAGUUCUGAAAUACAAACAGCCCCUAAAAUGUCACUGUUAGCUAAGGUGCCUGGUAAAUCAAAGAGAAAGGCAUCACAACCAGUCCGACUAAAUCAGUUAAAUGGAGCAAAGUUAGAAUCUGAUGCUGACCAGGAAGAGGAAAUACAAAAAGGUCCAGAAGAAUUAGAACCUGUAGCUAACAUUAAAGUUGAGGAGGACAAAGAAUCUAUAGACAAAAUAAAUUACUCUUCACCCAGUUCCAUUUCUAGAUCAUCCUCCCCAGCAAAGUCACCCACAUCAUCCGAUGUUGAUUAUAAGCUGCCAACUGCUCUUCCUGCAUCUGGUUUUUGGCCUCCUCACUUGAUGCCAAAUGCUCAAUUUCCACAUUCAUUGCUGGCAACAGGACAGAUGCUCCAGGCUAUUGCUGCAACAGGUCACAUAACUAGCCCUACGUCACUAGCACAGGCUUUGACUAAUCCCGCUGCUCAAGCAAUGUUAGCAUCAGGACAGAUGCCCACCAUAGCUCAAGCUCUGGCCAGUAGUAGCCACAUUCCAGCCACUCUUGCUAAAACCAUGACCUCAGCAUCCUCCCAGUUCAUGCCUCCAGGCUUGGCAUCCACUGCUGCAUUCAUGCAUCCAUCAUUUCCAUUUUCCCAAAUUUAUGCAUUUCAAGCUGCUGCUGCCGCUGCUCUUCAACAAUCAAAAUUGAACAACAAUGUCAAUAAAGCAGGUAUCAAAACAGAAAUGAUCGAUAACCUGAAACUGGAAUCUUCUGAUCCAGCUGAUGCCAACUGCUCAUCUCCAGGUGCUCCUCUUGACCUGGCAACCACUUCCUCCCUUGAUGCUAAAAAUAGCAACAGUCCCUCUACUUCUUCUGCGGGAAAUAUGAGUGAUGGUUCCAUACGACUUCCUGAUGACAUGUCCCCUAACACGUCUACCCAGGGGGAGCCAGCAGAGGAUUAUAGGGAUGGUCUGGUGGGGAUGCCAAAGGUCCAGUGGUCUCCUGGUGACCCCAACUCACCAUUCAGCUGGCACCACAUGACCACUGAUGGCAGGAAAGUUACCUCCCUCUCCAGAACUCACUCAAGACUUCCUAUUGUGAAUUCUCCUGUUAACCGAGACCAGAUAUGUAAACCAACAACGCUGGAUGAUGGUAGACAGGUGUUUAGUUGUCCGUUCUGUAGUAAGAACUUCUCAUCAUACUCGGAUAUCAACAGGCACAUGGAUUUUCAUGAAGAUAUACGCCCCUACAAGUGCAAAUAUUGUGAAUAUUAUGCCAGGACAAACAGCCAGUUAAAAGUUCAUAUGAUGAGACAUCAAGGUAUCCGAGAGUUUUGCUGCAAAGUGUGCAACUACAAAGGUGUGACACAGUCAGACUUGAACCGCCACAUGAAAUCCCAGAUCCACAUGCUGAAGUCCAGAAAUGAGUGCACUUAUUGUGGGGAGGGUUUUGUAACAGCCAAGAACUUGGAGAAACAUCUGGAUGGGAACUGUAUCGUAAAAGUUCAACAGGAAAAGGGGGAAUACCUCUUCUGAUCAUAUAAGUUUCAGGGUAGAUAAUUCAUUGAUAUAAAGUUUAUUGAUGUAUUUGAUGAUUGUCUUUUUUUUCUUCUUAAAUGUUUUUAACUUCCUGAAUUGGAUUGGACAAAAUACAUGUAUAAUACUGCAAAUUAGAAGGGAGAGAAUUUUAACAUUUAUUCACAAGAAAGAGCUGUUAUAUAGAUGUUUUUGUUAGUGCAUGAGUGAGACACUUUGUCCUGAUUUUACAUUUCGAAAUCCACGUUAAGUUUUCUUGCUCCUAAUUGUUAGGUGAUAUGUUCAUGUAAUUUUUUUUGUGUCAGGAUUAUGCAUUAUUACCUCAUAUUGUCAAUGAUAUUUCCAUGUGUGUUGUAAUAUAUUUGAAUUAUAGUAUUUGCUACAAGCUGUUGAAUGCUGAUACUUAUUUUUGAUUUAUACCUGUGUCACCCAGGAGCAUAUAAUUUACUGUAUACUCAGUUUUAGUUGUUAGAAAUGUUAAUAAAUGUAUAUUUUAUUAUGUGUUACAAUAUUACAAGAAUAUGUUUUACAUUUUAAGUUUUCCAUAGUUUAUUUGUCCCAGAUAUUAGAAAAUCUCCCAAUAUGUACAAAUACGUGUAUAUUUUAAACAGCUUGAAAUAGCCUCUAGGUUGUGCAACAUUAUUUUUGUUACCAUAUAUACAAUCUUAAAAAAAAAGAAACAUUCCGUUUUGUUUUUAUGCCAUUGUGAUAAUUUUUCAAUCAAAUUGUUUUAUUAACAUAGUAUAUCAUUGGACAGAGAGAGUUUACUUAUAAUUUUUUGUGUUCUUUCUAACUUGUUACAAGUAGGAUUUUUUUGCUGUUUGUACUACAAAAAGUUGUCUAUGUAAGUCAUCUGAAUUUUUUAGGAAUCAAAUUUCUAUACGACUCCAGAUGUCAUGAAAUCCUAAUUAUUUCAAAAGACUGUAUUUCUUUAAUAUUCAUAACAUUUCAUUUCCACAUGCUCUGACAUGCUUUCAAGGUAUUUGAAUACCUUUAAAUUUUCUUUCAAAAAUGGAAAUUUUGAUUAAAUGAAAAGUUUAAAUGAAAAUCAUUUACAUGUGCAUCAAAUUUCCUUUUGAAAAUCCUUUAAGCUCAAAACUAGCAUUUGCAGCAUUCAAAACUUUUCAACGGAUGGGAAUUAUCUAGGUACUAACUUUUUCUUAUUUAUAAAUUAAAAUUACUUCACCUUUCAUGCCAUGAAAUUCAGUGUACAUGUUUCUGUCAAGAUCCUGACAUAACGCAUGUAUUUACAGCAAAAAUCAACAACAUGUAUUUUCAAAACCUUCAAAUUUCCAUAUCCUUAAUAGAAGUUUUCACUGGUUUAUUAAGACAUAUAUACACUGUAUAUAUAUUUUUCUUUUUAUCAUUCUAAUCAUGUUUUGAAAGUAUUUAAGAGCCCCAUUCCAUGCACAUGAUAUUUUUUACUAUGUUGCUACAUUGCAUUAUUUUUGGUAAUAUUAGUGCAAUUGGACCAAGUUUGGCAGCCAUGUUUUUUGUUCAUGUAGAAUUAUUGUAGUGUGAUUUCUACUGUUUGGAUCUGAUUUCUACUCCUCCCCCUGUUCACACCUAGUACAUGUGAUCCGUACAUGUCAAGGCUUUCUUACAGAGUUUUUGUUUAUUAUUCAUUGCCAUUUAAGAGUCACAAACUUAUGUAAUUUAUUUAUAGAAUAUAAUUAAACAUUCCAUAGUUGUAAUUGAUUUAUAAAAUGCAUAAAGUUUAAGUGAUGAUAAUGUACGAAAUUUUAUUUGAUCAUUCCGUCUACCUGUACAAGGAGGAUUUAUUUACUGUUAUCUGUUUUGACACUGUCAGAGAUAAAGUUUACUGGAGUUUUUUUUUUUACAUUCAGGAUCGAAAUAGUAGUAUUUGUAGUGCUGUCUUACUCAUCAUAGUAAUUCCAUAGGCACUAGUUUCUGUAAUAAAAGAUUACUCCUACAGUAGUAUAGUACAUGUAAUUAUGCCAUGAGGGUAACAAAUUUUUACAGGAACAAGUGCUGUAAGUAAUUCCCUUAUAUACAAUUGAAAUCCAGAUAAUUUGUAAAUAUGUAAUUAUAUUGUUUUAUAUCUAUAUAUCUCAACCUACAAGGAAGAUUUACUAUCUAUAAUGUUAAUUAAUCAAAAUCCUUUAUCUUUUUUCAUUCCUUUUGUUGAUAUGUGUACAAUUUUAUAGGGAAGACUGCUCUUUCCAAAUGUUGUUCAUUGAUAAAUACUGUGAGUUACUAGAAAUAAAGAACAUUUUAGUCUUA